UCUAAUAGUUUAAUACAAUAUUGCGACAGUGGCGCCGUACUUUCAUGUUGUUAUUAUUUAUAUUUAUUGACAUUUGAAUUAAAUUAUAGAGAAUCGAAUGUGUUCUUUAUAAUAUUUUAUAAAAUAUUCAAGAAAUUUAUUAUAUUCUUUCUGUUUUCAAUAAUGUAUAAUUUAUUUUAUUAAAUUGUAAAAAAAAUGGAAUAUACUUUAAAAGAUACCCAUGAAGAUUUAACAGAUUUGCAAGUACAAAUGCGAAAAGAAAUUGAAGACAUAGCGAAUGUGUUAACAAAUAAUAAAAUUACUGUUUUGAAAGAAUCAUGCACGUCAGAAGAAGUGAAAAUGAAACAACAUAAGAUGGCUUAUAAUAUAUUGAAACACAUUCCAAAAAUACCACCAAAAGAUUAUCCCAUUCCUAAAACAAUUGAUAUUCGUAUAGAUACAUUAAAUGAUUUAGAAAAAGAAAUUUUGAAUGCUCAAAGUCUUUUAGAAAAAACGCAACAACAACUCCAGAGUAUUGAAAAGGAUAUUGUUUAUUUAGAAAAUAAAAAGAACGGUUUUAAUAAGAUGCGUGAAAUGUAUUUAGUUUCUGAACAAACGUUAGAAAGUAAAACAUAUGAUGAUGAACUUAGCAUGACUAAAAGAUUAUUUCGGGAUACAAAGGAAGAUUUGCAUAACGUAGUAGAGAUUCUGUUUCCAGAAAAUGAAAAAUUUUCAAAUUUUCUAUCAGCAUUGGUAUCUGCAUAUACAAAAGGCGGUGAUGACAUUUAUGUGGAUGUAAUCCCAGAAACAUUAGAUGCUGUAAAAUUUUUAGUGGAAGCAGAUAUUGCUACAUAUCAUCCUAAUGAUAAAAAUAAAAUUAAAAUGGUAGAAUUACUAUGAAACAAUUAAUUGAUUUAUGUAUUACUUUUUAUACAAUAUGACAUAACAUUUUAAUCUGAACUAUUCUUUUUUACAAUUUAUAUUACGAGAGAAAUAUCGAAUGUUAAAUAAAUACAAAACAGAAUAAAUAUAUUAUGUUAAAAAAGAAAAUCUAAAUACAAUUACAGAUCAAACAUUAAUCUACCACAUAAAAGGAGCUCUUUCUCGUAAUAUUCUAACUCCAAUACGUUCCCAUUCCUGUCUACCAAUCCAUAAUUCUUGUGCAGACUCCAAACAACUUAAAAUUGCAGCACCCUUCCAUGCAGUCAUACCUGGAUCCAUUUCUUUUGGUUGUGUAAUAAUAUCCAGUUGUUCUACGAUUAUUAAUUGUAAUUAUAAUUUGUAAUAUAUUUUUAUGAAAUAAAAAAAUAUAUUUCUCUCUUA